GGCGGGACCUGGGGGUCCCGGCAGCUUCUAGUAGGUUCCAGAAGGCGGCGCGUGCGGUUGGGAACGCGGAGAGGACGGAGUCGAUUCAACGGGGUUCCGGGCCCGGCUAUGGAGCAGGUCAACGAACUGAAGGAGAAGGGCAACAAGGCCCUGAGUGCCGGGAACAUCGAUGACGCGCUACAGUGCUACUCGGAGGCCAUCAAGUUAGACCCCCAGAACCACGUGCUCUACAGCAACCGCUCGGCAGCCUAUGCCAAGAAGGGGGACUACCAGCGGGCCUACGAGGACGGCUGCAAGACCGUGGGCUUGAAGCCGGACUGGGGCAAGGGCUAUUCUCGGAAAGCAGCAGCUCUUGAGUUCUUAAACCGAUUUGAGGAAGCCAAGCGAACCUAUGAGGAGGGUUUGAAAUACGAAGCGAAUAACCCACAGCUCAAAGAAGGGCUGCAGAACAUGGAGGCCCGCCUGGCAGAAAAGAAAUUCAUGAACCCCUUCAACAUGCCCAACCUGUACCAGAGGCUGGAGAACGAUCCCCGGACAAAACCGCUGCUCGCUGACCCAUCCUACCGGGAGCUGGUGGAGCAGCUGCGCAACAAGCCCGCCGACCUGGGCACGAAACUUCAGGAUCCCCGCAUCAUGACGACGCUCAGUGUGCUCCUGGGAGUGGACCUGGGCAACAUGGAGGAAGAGGAGGAGGUCAUGCCCCCGCCCCCGCCGCCCCCGCCCAAGAAGGAGACGAAGCCCGAGCCCAUGGAGGAAGAUCUCCCCGAGAAUAAGAAACAGGCGCUGAAAGAGAAGGAGCUGGGCAACGAUGCCUACAAGAAGAAAGACUUCGAAGCGGCCUUGAAGCACUAUGACGCGGCCCGCGAGCUGGACCCCACCAACAUGACCUACCUGACCAACCAAGCAGCGGUGUACUUCGAGAAGGGCGACUACGGGAAGUGCCGGGAGCUGUGUGAGAAGGCCAUCGAAGUGGGCCGGGAAAACCGCGAGGACUACCGGCAGAUCGCCAAAGCUUAUGCGCGGAUCGGCAACUCCUACUUCAAAGAAGAGCGGUACAAAGACGCCGUCCACUUCUACAACAAGUCUCUGGCCGAGCACCGAACCCCUGAUGUGCUCAAGAAAUGCCAGCAGGCAGAGAAGAUCUUGAAGGAGCAAGAGCGGCUGGCCUACAUCAACCCCGACCUGGCCCUGGAGGAGAAGAACAAAGGCAACGAGUGUUUCCAGAAAGGGGACUAUCCCCAGGCCAUGAAGCAUUACACGGAAGCCAUCAAACGGAAUCCCAGAGAUGCCAAAUUAUACAGCAACCGAGCUGCCUGCUACACCAAACUCCUGGAGUUCCAGCUGGCGCUCAAGGACUGUGAGGAGUGCAUCCAGCUGGAGCCCACCUUCAUCAAGGGGUACACGCGGAAAGCUGCAGCGCUGGAGGCCAUGAAGGACUAUUCCAAGGCCAUGGACGUCUACCAGAAGGCCCUUGACCUGGACUCCAACUGCAAGGACGCAGUGGAUGGCUACCAGCGCUGCAUGAUGUCCCAGUACAACCGACACGACAGCCCCGAGGACGUGAAGAGAAGGGCCAUGGCUGACCCCGAGGUGCAGCAGAUCAUGAGUGACCCAGCCAUGCGGCUCAUCCUGGAGCAGAUGCAGAAGGACCCCCAGGCGCUCAGCGAACACUUGAAGAAUCCCGUAAUAGCACAGAAGAUCCAGAAGCUGAUGGACGUGGGUCUCAUUGCGAUCCGGUGAUGACUUGCUCACCACCCCUUCCCUCCGCCCCGCCGGGGAGAGGAGCCGGGCGCACGGCGAGCAGAGGGAGAGAAGGGGAACGCAGCCACUUCUAUUUAUACCGGCCUGGCGGGAGCCCGGGCCCCUGGGCGCGCAUGGUCUCUGCUGCCCCCACCUCCGCGUCCCCUCCCCGCCUCGUCACCAGCUCCGCUGCUCCCCCAUAGUUGGUUAUUUUUUAUUUGGGGCAGUGGGCCUGUCUGGGGGGGGAGAGUGUUCUUCCCAUCCUCUGCUCCCAUCUGUCCUCACAUUGUUAACCCCGCGUCUCAAUAAAACAAGCAAGUUGGACGUGGUUA